AUGAAGGAUUCGGAAAAUUUCUGGCAAAAUUUGCUCAUGUCAGAGGGAAGAGAAAUUUAUGAAAUAACGAAGAAUAGGGACUGCUUGUGCUUCUUUGUCAACACGCAGGAAAACACGGAGGAUCAAGAAAAACAAGCUUUGAAGGAUGGUCAAAAUCUUGUCAGUGUAUUUCAGCGACUCGGAUUUGAUGUAGUACUGUACCAAGGUCCAUUAACAUAUCAAGAGGCCAAAAAAGGCAUCCGAAAGAAAUUGGAAAAUGGCCGCCAAAAGACAAAAGAUAUAUUCGCCAUUUCCCUAUCCUGCUUUGGCGGGACAGACGACUUGAUUGCUUUUGCUGACAGGACAGUACAUAUAGACGAUCUGCUAAGCGAUGUGUUGGCUAAUGAAGAUUUGAAUGACAAGCCAAUAUUGAUUUUCGUGCACAUUUGCCGCUGGGAAAACGACCUUGAUAGCCAGGCUGAUAUGCAUAACAAGUACAAAGAUAUAUUUUCAAAGCGUCAGGUUCGACCCAACUGGCUCGAGUUUUGGACAGUCGGGCCGUACAGUGACCUCUUUCGGCAAUACAACCAGCCGUGUCCCUACAUCACUAGUAUUCAAACAAUAAUGAGUCCAUACGGAAGAAAACUGAACUUGCUGGAAACCCUUGCAGUCGUUAUUGAUAAUAUGGCCCAAACCCCUGCCCUGGAUCUUGUUAACACUGAUAUGGGAAAAGUGAACUUGAAAAACUUCGUUCACUUGGUGCACGAUCUCCGAAAGGAGCUCCGUUUCUACCAUGUUGAUGAAGGAAAUGUGCAUAUUUUAAUAGCAGCGCUACUUUGCUCUGAAAAUUUAUGCAUCUUGAAAUAA